AUGUCAGACAAAACUAAGCCUAAAAGCAGAAGCAAAUCAAGAAGUAAGGAGCACAAUGAUAAAAGCUGGAAGAAAGAUGAAAGAAGCAAAAUACAAAUUCCAACGAAAGAAUUAAAAGAAAAAAAAUUGAAAACAACUGGUAAAAUUGCAGCAAAGAAACAAGAAGAUAAUGAAAGUAUUGACAAGAAGGUUUUUUGA